GAAAGACCUCAGAUGAAGCAUACCGAUAUUGCGAUGCGUGGUGGAUAUUGUUAAAUUAAAAACGGAGAUCGUUUAGUUGUGACGAGAUUAUUGAAAGCCUGCAAUUAUUAACUCCUUAUUACUAGUAUGGUGAAUUAUAUGUGUUUUUUUUAGCCUCAGUUCCAUGCUUUGUCCACUUCUAUCAAAUUCAACCUGAUGAUCGCUAUUCGCGAAUACCGAGAAAGCAGCAGAUGUGUCGCUGGGACAUGUUGCACAGCAUGAAAUGGGAACUUUCUCAGGAAAGUGAAUACAUUCCACCGAGUGCCGUCGAAUGUGGUACCAGCAAGCGAACGAAACUGUAUUUGGGCCGUGCGGAACACGCCGGUUCCAUUACACCCGGAUUCAUCGAUCCGGCUAAGAAGGUGUGCUUUAUACCGUGGGGUGGAGAGGCCCACGAGAAAAAGGUGUACGAAUUCCUGUGCACACCGGGUGAGUUUGUACCGUGUACCGAUACGAACAUACUGAUGCGUGCCACACCGGCCGGCGUAUCCGAGGAGGGUGAACCAUUGUACAUUGGUAGGGUAAAUGUGAACGGGAAACUUGUCUGCGGAAAGGUGCAACGGUCACAUGCCGUUUGUUACAUACCGUUAAACAGAAAGGAGAUGAAUAGCAUAUACUAUGACGUGUUUAUAAGAUCUUAAAACUAAGCGCGACAAUACUUAUUACACGGAAUAUGCUCACAUCGCGAUAUAUAAUAUCGCGAGAGCGAUAUUUUAAAGGCUGUGCGAAACAUGACUAGCUAGAAAGGAAUCGAUUCCAUUCAUCGAUAUUAAUGUGAGAGGUGUUAAUUACGACACAAAAAAGGAACAGUAUGAAAAUAAAGAUCUAUUUUACACUAUCGACGUAAGCAUGGACUGAGGAAAGAAUUGGAAGUAACCCAACGAACUAGUUAAUUGCUUGUAAAUCGUGUGAAUAAUUUAUUUCAUUGCUUAGAGGUAGAC